UAUGUUCCAAUUUGAUUCCUGUUGUGUGUGUUUGUGCGUGUUAUUAUAAAUACGUUUCAGUGUUGCCUGCAAUGUAUGAACCCUGCAUCUCGUUCAGAAGUCUAGAAACCACGGAUCACAAAGUAUCCAACACCAACUGACUUGGUGGGUGCAUUUUUGUGUGUUUCUGAAAUCCACAUGCUCGUCAAACAAUGGUAAUGCACAUGUCACCAUUUAUUUUGACGAAGAGUUCCACGGGGUGUGCUCAAGAUGAAGAUGAUUCACAGGUAAAGAGUAAAAGGUUCCAGGCAACUCAGGCUGAUGUCAGUGUUUUUGAGUCAUUAGCAAAAUCACCUACUGCUGCCACACCUCAUCUUCUGCGUUGGUAUAAUCAUAUAAACUCAUUUGGUGAUGAACGCAAGAAGUUCCCUGGUGAGAAGAAAACACCAUUAAUGGCGUUUGAUGAUGAGGCAGCGGCAAAUGAUAAGGUUGAUGAUGGUGGUGAUGAUGAUGAUGUUGAUUUGUUUGGCUCCGAUGAAGAUGAUGCUGAAGCAGCACAAAUCAGGGAAGAACGGCUGAAGGCUUAUGCAGAGAAGAAAUCCAAAAAACCUGCCAUGAUUGCCAAAUCUAGUAUCGUUCUGGAUGUAAAACCAUGGGAUGAUGAAACCGAUAUGAAGGAAAUGGAGGCCAAAGUCAGAACCAUCACAAUGGAUGGCUUAGUAUGGGGAGCCUCAAAACUGGUUCCUGUGGGCUUUGGAAUCAACAAACUCCAGAUCAUGUCUGUGGUUGAAGAUGAGAAAGUUUCUGUGGACUUCCUGAUUGAAGAAAUUCAAAAGUUUGAACAUUUUGUCCAGUCAGUCGACAUUGUUGCCUUUAAUAAGAUCUAAAAUGUAAUUUUGUGCCAUCACUGUAUAAUUAUUUUGCCAAAAUAUAACAUUUUUUAAAAAUCAA